AUGGCUAUCUUUAAGAACCUCCUCGCUGGCUUGGCACUUUCCGUUGCCUCUUCCUACGCCCAGGAUGAUGAGGCCGAGUAUGAUGACUUUGGCCCUGCAGCUUUCAUGUGGCCCGAGGACCGCGUGUGGGAUGCGGCCGUCGACAAUCACGCGCCUUGUGGCUCGAGAGCCGCUCCCCGCAACCGCACUGACUUUCCACUUGAUGAUGGCCAGAUAGCCCUCGUUGCACAAGACGAGUCAUGGAAGAUUCAGCUUGGCAUCUCCUACAGCGCCGACCCAAUGUCUAACGACGACUUUGACGUGAUCAUCAGUCAAGAUGCUUUCAAGGAGCUCGAUCCAGGCCAUACUUGCAUUCCGUGGCCCAAUGCUCCCGACUCUGUCAGCGAGGGCGAUCUCGCCACGCUCCAAGUCAAGUACAUCUCCGAAUUCGACACACCUCGGAACCAGACCUUUUACGCUUGCGCGGACAUUGUCUGGGUAGAGCCCGCCAACUUCAACACCCAGGUCCCAUGCUUCAAUGCCACCUCGCCUGACGAUGAGGAUGGCGCUGGUGAGGACUGGGACUACCACGACGAUGUUGAGAAUAAUGACGAUGAUGAUGAUGAUGAUGAGGAGUCUUCGAAUGGCGACGACGACGACGACUCUCAAGACUCCUCUGACUCGGAGGAGUCCAACGACAGUGGCAACAACAAGUCCUCUGGUGGUCUAUCAGGGGGGGCCAUUGCUGGGAUUGUGAUUGGUGUUCUCGGGGGCCUCGGAUUGAUUGCUGCUGCUGCCCUGUUGAUUUACCGACGCAAGCAGCAGCGCCUCCGUCAGCUGAGGCAGGCUAAUUCGGCUCGUGGUGUAAGUUGGACAGAAGGCCAGACGGCUGCUGGAAAGGGGACCGGCAGCGUCAGUGACAGCAGCGUGAGGAUGCAGAACCUGUCGCCUUGA